AUGACCUUGCGUAAGGUGACUUCCUCUCGCCCUCCUGUCAAAGCAGACGCUAUCGUCGGAGCUGCGGGUAGUCACUGUCUGUCAAAAUGAGUAAGCCAAAGGUGCUCGUUACAAGACCUGAUGUUCCUAUCGAAGGCAUUCAAUUGCUUAAGGAAAAAUGUGAAGUGGAAAUUUAUGAUCAGGAGAAGCCAAUUGAAAGGGAUGCGCUUCUGAAAGGCAUAAAAGGAAAAGAUGCUUUACUCUGUCUGUUAACGGAUCCCAUCGACAAGGAAGUGAUCGAAGCAGCAGGUCCUCAGUUAAAAGCUAUUGCAACUAUGUCGGUCGGGUAUGACCAUAUUGAUACAAAAGAAUGCAAAGCAAGGAAUAUUCCAGUUAGCAACACUCCUGAUGUAUCAACAGAUUCCGUAGCUGAAAUGACAGUGACGUUGCUUCUUGCUGCUGGCAGAAGACUGAUAGAUGCUGCUGGUGCAAUUAAAAAGUUAGUUAAACAAAUAAAUUUUCUUCCUAAUUAA